AAUGUUGUACUCUUUGUGGAAAGAAAUGUCAAGAAUGUGAAGAAAACCUGUAAUGCUUUGCCAAGUGCCAGAGAAGCCCAUACUAGUAUCUCUAGCAUCUUGCCUUCUGAGCAGUUCUUACCACCUAACGUGUCAGAUCUUCCCAGAAUUUUGCCCAAAGUAGUGCAUCCAGAAGCUGGACCCCAGAACAGGAGACCAGGCACUGCAAUAGUAUCAAAACAGAAUUCAAACAUGUCUCAUAUGCCACUGAAUCGGCCCAUCAUUCCACAAAGACCUUGCUUCAAGAUAUGCUAUAUCUGUGGCAGAGAAUUCGGAUCACAGUCUAUAUCUAUACAUGAACCCCAGUGCCUAGAGAAGUGGCGUACUGAAAACAAUCAGCUACCAAGUCAUCUCAGAAGACCUGAGCCCAAGAAACCUGAGGUCCUUACUGGUGGUUCCUAUACGCUUGCAGCUGAAAAUGAGGCAGCUUAUCAGAGUGCUCAAGCCCAGCUCCUGCCCUGUAGAAACUGUGGCCGAACCUUCUUUCCUGACCGUCUCAUGGUGCACGAAAAGUGUUGCAGAGGAGGUAGCAGCACUGUAGGACAAUCAAGCACUAGCCCCACUAAAUCUGGUAAAGGCCUAGGCUUUGGGUCUGGCUCAGCAAGUGAUCCAUCUAAGAUCCGUCAAAGAAAGAGUGGAGCUACACCAGCCAUAUCAGACAAGGCACAAGUGAUAAGACAGCCACCAACAGUGAUUUGUUACAUAUGUGGCCGUGAGUAUGGAACAAAAUCAAUUAGUAUCCAUGAGCCACAAUGCCUGAAAAAAUGGCACCAGGAGAAUGCCUUGCUACCCAAGCACCUGAGAAGGCCAGAGCCCAAAAAGCCUGAAGUCACACCUGUGCAAGCCAAAGGUUUCUACGAUCUCAAUUCUUUAAAUGAGGCUGCCUGGAUCAGCGCCCAGAACCAGCUCGUUCCAUGUGAUAUUUGUGGGCGUACUUUUCUUCCAGACAGACUGAUCGUCCACCAGAAGUCCUGUCAACCAAAACCUGCAACAUGAAUUGGAUGUAACACACAUGCAUACAUAUGCAUGCAUACUCACAUGUUUAUGUGUGAGUGUGCAUGAAUACACACACACAUGCACUCAUACAUUUCAGCCAAAACAUGAGAGAAAUAAAAACGAGCUGGAAAGCCAUGGCCAUCAAAACUGUAGUGUGUUAUCAGAUCACAACUUACGAAAGCCUCCAAAGUAAAAUCAACAGUUGCUACUGUAUAGUGUAUGAUCAAAUAUAGUGAUUUUUUAGCAGUAGCAAAAAUUCUUCUUCAUUUCUGUUGUUCAAAUAGCCUUACCUAGAAGCCACAGUUUGAGAGGUUUGGUAUAAGAAAACUUGAAAAUAAUAUCAACUAUUUUCUUUCCUCUCCUGUUCCUGUGCUUUGUUGGGUGCAACAGAAACCCUGUGAAGAAUCCUUCCAGGCUGUUUUGUGCUGUCUUCAUCUCUGUUGGUCAAAUGUGGGAUGUUCUUCAGCCCCACUCCUUUCACAGCCUUUCAGAUUUAGUUAUCUGGACUUUUGAAAGAAGUUGAGCAUUCUGAAUGCAUUUCCCAUUCUACAUGGAGUCUUUUUUGUAUUCAACAGACAGGAAGAAAUGAAUCAUAGCUGUUAGGCACCUUUCACUGCAGAGAUCCCAAAACCAGUGUCCCACCGGCAUCCGUCUAGUGGUUUUUCAACAGAAGUGAGAGACUAGGAAACAUGGUAUAAUGUCAGGAGCUCCCUUGUCUGCAGGGAUGUUUGGCUACAUGUCUCUUACUCACUGAAUAUAUUUAUCUACUGUUUCAGAAACUGAAGCUUCACACAGCUUUUAUGAAAUGAGAGUUCUGAUGAGGAGCAACUCAUUGAAUCUUACUGGAAGCAAAACCAGAGUGAUAUAGAUCAGGAAAAUUAAUUCUUUAAAAAUUUUAUUUCCCCUCUACCCAAGACCUAUCUGGUUGGUGGAAGGACCUCUGCUGAAGUAAUGACUAAUCAGAGAAAGCAAGAUCUUUUCAGUUUGUUGGUUUGGGGUUUUUGUGUGUGUCCUUGUCCAUCUUGGAUACAAGAGUGUUCACUGACUCCCACUUGGAGCUUAAAUUCAUGGAGCACUCCAGUGUUCACAUGCUUGUGGGACAGUGCAGCUCAUGAAGACCUUGGCUGCUACAAGUAAAGCUUUUCCAUAUAAAGGGAUCAGACAUGGGGUGGAAGCAGAGAACUGCUGUCUUUAGAAAACACCCUAAAAGCACCCUCUUCUUGAAGCCUUUAGCAAAUAUCAAAUAAACAGUAAAUAGCAUGAAGCAAGCAGCAUAGCCAGCAGGGCCAGGGCAGUGAUCAUCCUCCUGUCCUAUGCACUGGUGAGGCUGCACCUGUGUUCAGUUCUGGGCCCCUCACUACAAGAGAGAUAUUUUGGUGCUGGAGCAAGCCCAGAGAAGGGCAGCAAAACUGGUGAAGGCUCUGGGGCAAAGUCUGAUGAGGAACGGCUGAGGGACCUGGGGGGUUUAGUCUGGAGAAGAGAAGG